CUCAGCAAAUUCAUUGCAUUUGCACACAUAUCUAUCUAUACACAUACAUAUAUAUAUAUAUAUAUAUAUAAUUCUAUAUCUAUAGUUUGUAUCUGUAUAGAUAACCACACAAACACACAACAAAUUCAACUCCUGGCCUGCAUUUUUUUGUCAUCUUAGUUUGUGUACGUCCUCCUAAUUGGAUUCAAUUCCUUGUACCUAGCUUUUCAUGUACCAAGAAGUUUCAUAAAUAUAUAUAUAUAUAUAUAUAUAUACACACAUAUAAAUGGAAAAAUCAUAUGAGAAUGGUAAUGGCAAAGGUUUUUGCCUUAAAGAUCCAUUGAAUUGGGUUAUGGCGGCGGAGUCCCUAAAGGGUAGCCAUUUGGAGGAGGUGAAGCACAUGGUUAGUGAGUUUCGGAAGCCGGUGGUCCGGCUUGGGGGCGAGACACUGACCAUAGGGCAGGUGGCUGCAGUGGCAGCAGCCGGGGAGGCCGGUGGUGGUGUGGAUGUGGCGUUGUGUGAAUCGGCUAGGGCCGGCGUGAAGGCCAGCAGUGAUUGGGUAAUGGAAAGCAUGAACAAAGGGACAGACAGUUAUGGGGUCACAACUGGUUUUGGCGCAACUUCACACAGGAGGACUAAACAAGGAGCUGCUCUACAAAAGGAGCUUAUAAGGUUCUUGAAUGCUGGAAUAUUUGGGAAUGGAACAGAGUCAUGCCACACCCUGCCUCAUUCAGCAACAAGAGCUGCAAUGCUAGUGAGGAUCAACACACUCCUCCAGGGCUACUCAGGCAUCAGAUUUGAGAUAUUGGAGGCCAUCACAAAGCUCCUCAACACCAACAUCACCCCAUGCUUGCCUCUGCGUGGCACGAUCACGGCCUCCGGUGACCUAGUCCCUCUGUCCUACAUUGCCGGACUCCUGACCGGCCGCCCCAACUCCAAGUGUGUGGGGCCCAAAGGCGAGUCCCUGGAUGCCGGUGAAGCAUUCCGCCUUGCAGGCAUUGCGGGUGGCUUCUUUGAGCUGCAGCCUAAAGAGGGGCUUGCACUUGUCAACGGCACAGCAGUAGGGUCUGGUUUAGCCUCAAUGGUCCUUUUCGAGGCUAACAUACUAGCUGUUUUGUCAGAAGUUUUGUCAGCAAUGUUUGCUGAGGUUAUGCAAGGGAAGCCAGAAUUCACUGACCAUUUGACACACAAGUUGAAGCACCACCCUGGACAAAUUGAGGCUGCAGCUAUAAUGGAACACCUUUUAGAUGGGAGUUCUUAUGUUAAGGGUGCUCAAAAGUUGCAUGAAAUGGACCCUCUUCAAAAGCCUAAAAAAGAUCGGUACGCGCUCAGAACGUCGCCACAAUGGUUGGGUCCCCAGAUUGAGGUUAUCCGGUCAUCGACGAAGUCGAUAGAGAGGGAGAUCAAUUCUGUGAAUGACAACCCUCUGAUUGAUGUGUCAAGGAACAAGGCCUUACAUGGUGGGAAUUUCCAGGGCACCCCAAUUGGAGUCUCUAUGGACAACACUAGACUAGCCAUUGCAUCCAUUGGGAAACUCAUGUUUGCUCAAUUCUCUGAGCUAGUUAAUGACUACUACAACAAUGGGUUGCCUUCGAAUCUCUCCGGUGGACGAAAUCCGAGCUUGGAUUAUGGGUUUAAGGGCGCUGAAAUAGCGAUGGCAGCGUAUUGUUCCGAGCUGCAAUUCCUUGCCAACCCGGUCACCAACCAUGUCCAAAGUGCUGAGCAACACAACCAGGAUGUCAACUCUUUAGGGUUGAUCUCUUCUCGGAAAACAGCCGAAGCAGUUGACAUUUUGAAGCUCAUGUCGUCGACCUACUUGGUUGCGCUAUGCCAGGCUAUUGACCUGAGGCACUUGGAGGAGAACUUGAAGAACACAGUUAAAAACACAGUGAGCCAAGUGGCUAAGAAAGUUCUCACAAUGGGCAUCAAUGGAGAGCCCCAUCCUUCAAGAUUCUGUGAGAAGGACUUGCUCAAAGUGGUUGAUCGCGAGCACGUUUUCGCCUACGUUGAUGAUCCGUGUAGCGCGAACUACCCAUUGAUGCAGAAACUCAGGCAGGUUCUUGUUGAUCAUGCAUUGAUCAACAAUGAUGAUUUGAUGAAUAAGAACACUUCAAUCUUUCUAAAGAUUGGAAGUUUUGAGGAGGAACUGAAGACCUUAUUGCCUAAAGAAGUUGAGAACACCAGAAGUGCUUUGGAGAGUGGAAAUCCAGUAAUUCCAAACAGGAUCAAGGAAUGCAGGUCAUACCCACUAUACAAGUUUGUGAGGGCAGACUUGGUGGGGACUGGGUUUUUGACAGGAGAGAAGAUCACGUCGCCCGGUGAAGAAUUCGACACAGUUUUUUCAGCAAUUUGUGAGGGAAAGAUGAUUGAUCCACUGCUAGAAUGUCUCAAGGAUUGGGAUGGUACUCCUCUUCCAAUUUGUUAGAACUUCUUGGACAAAAAGUACUUGCAUUUUCUGCUAUCCCUAUUAACAAAUUGUCUUUGGAUUAAACGGGAUUACUGGUUUUGUGAUCCCAAGCCCCUUUGUUUUGGACUUUUUACAUUUUUUAUUUUAAAAUUUUAAAAUUUUUCCAUUAUAUAUAUAUAAGUUUUCAGUUCC